GGAAUCCACCCGGGCCUCAUUUUUGUACCCAAGAGGACAAGUGUCAAAUAAAAGUCCCUUCUUUACUGAUUUGGCAGGUUCACCCGGUUGCCUCGGAAUGUCCCUGUUAGAAGAAGCCUCUGCAGACCGCAGCAUGUCGAAUGAUCUCGCCGGUGUGUGGGAGGUGGCGCUGAGUGAUGGAGUCCAUCGGAUUGAGUUCGAGCACGGCACGACCAUCGGGAAGAUGAUCUACGUCGAUGGCAAGGAGAUAGUGAGACGGGACUGGAUGUUCAAACUUGUGGGGAAAGAGACGUUCAAUGUGGGCAAAUCGGAGACCAAAGCCACCAUCAACAUCGACGCGGUCAGUGGUUUUGCGUACGAGUACACGUUGGAGAUCGACGGGAAGAGCUUGAAGAAGUACAUGGAGAACAGAUCCAAGGUCACCAGCACCUGGGUUCUCAACUUGGACGGCAUCGACUCCAGGGUCGUCCUGGAGAAGGACACAAUGGAUAUUUGGUGUAACGGACAAAACAUAGAGACUGCGGGGGAGUUCGUGGAUGACGGGACCGAAACGCAUUUCACCCUGGGACAGCACAACUGCUGCGUGAAGGCCGUGAGCAGCGGGAAGAGGCGAGACGGCAUCAUUCACACGCUGCUCGUGGACGGCACAGAGAUAGCCGAGUGCACAGAAUAACCACGUGCAUGUGCGUUCAUGUCUGCGUGAGAGCAGGGCCUUGGUCGGCCCAUGGAGGGUAGAGAGUAGGGUAGUAGGGUAGUAGGAUGGGGUGGGCUAGAGGAGAGUAGGGUAGUAGGGUAGAGGAGAGUAGGGUAGUAGGGUAG